AUGCAGAAUCAACCUAGUAUGCAUUGUGUGGAAGUUACUUAUGGCCAGGAGAUACCAUUAGUGAGUGACAGUAUGGAGAAUAACAAAUCUAAAGGCAAGGAAGGGGCUCAUGAUACUAAUAUUCCAAGUGACAUCAAGGGUAUAGCAGAGGCUCAGUCUGGUGGUAUUUCUGCUGCAGAGUUGGUCUUACCAAUAGCUAACACAUAUAAUGUUGGUAAUGAGGAUAUAGUGAUUAAUGACAAUGUUGUGGUGUCUCAAUCUGUGGAUCAAGGUAUCAAUGAAAGGACACAACUGGUAAUAGUGACAGAAGUUCAAGUGGACAGCUUAUCCAUUACUAAGGAGCUUUCUCCCAACAAAGUGCUCCAUGAUCUGGUGUCUCAUAAUGUAGAGAACAUUGAGGAAAAUCAGGAGAAUGUUGUUAUAAAGGAGGACAAAGAAGAGAAGGUUAAUUUAGUGAAUGAGAAGGAUUUGGAGAAAACUAUGUAUACCACUCUGGUAUAUGCAAAGCGUGAUGAAACUGAAAGGUUACAAUUAUGGGACAAUUUGUAUCAUUUUUAUAACACCAUCACUGGGGCAUGGAUGAUUGGUGGUGAUUUUAAUAUGGUAUUGAAUGAUGAGGAAAAGAUUGGUGGCAUCCUUUUUCAGCCUCAGGAUGUAAAGAACUUUGCCUUUUGUGUGAAUUCUUGUGCACUGGAGGAGAUUAGCUUUAAGGGCAACCAUUUUACAUGGUGGAAUUGUAAAGUAGGAGAUGAUUGUAUCUUUGAGAGAUUGGAUAGAAUGUUCAUUAAUGAUCCUUUACAAGAUUGGUUUAGUAGCUUUGACGUUGAACAUCCAGCUAGGACAGACCAAAAUCAGUACAAACCUUUCAAAUUUAUGAUGUUUUGGGUGGAUCAUGAUUCUUUCAUGCCUACUGUGAGGCAGAAUUGGCCAGUAUGGGAACAUGAAGACCUUUCCAUUAGCUUCAAGUGUAAGAUGAAGAAGCUUAAAGGGGUAUUGCAUCAGUGGAGUAGAUUGACAUAUGGGGAUAUUUUCAAACAGAUCAUUAUCAGGAAGGAAAUAUUCAGAAUUAACGAUGGCCUGUUUGAAGAGGAUCCCUCUCCUAUCAAUAAGUGUGUAUUGCAAAAGUUCACUCAGGAGAAUUUAGAUCAAGUGGAUGAAAUCCUUCUUGAUCAUGUUCCAGUUCUAAUUGAUGAAGGUAUGAAUGAACAACUUAGGAAAGUACCAACAAUGGAGGAAGUUAAAGCUGCAGUUUUCAAUCUUAGUGGAUCAAGUGCUUGUGGUCCUGAUGGUUUUUCAGGUAUAUUCUACCAGAACUAUUGGGAUAUUGUUGGAAAGGAUGUGUAUAGUUUGGUAUUGUCUUUCUUCAAUGGAAAUUCUCUUCCUAAAUCUAACACUCACACAAACCUAGUGUUGCUUCCUAAGAAGGCUGGUUUUGUUCAAGGGAGGAGCAUUAUUGAAAAUUUUCUUCUAGCAGAGAUAGUCAUAGAUAUAAGGAAAAGAGGGAAGCCAGCUAAUGUGGUGAUUAAACUAGAUAUGGCUAAGGCUUAUGAUAGCGUGGCUUGGUCCUAUCUUAUCAAACUGCUAGGGAAGAUGGGAUUUUCUGAAGUUUUCAUUGACAUGAUUUGGAGAUUGUUGGCUAACAAUUGGUACUCUAUACUGCUAAAUGGCAAGGCUAAGCGGUUCUUUAACUCUACAAGGGGAGUAAAGCAAGGAGAUCCUUUAUCUCCUGCAUUAUUCAUCCUGUCUUCUGAGGUCCUUUCUAGAGCUUUAAACUCUUUAGCUAAGGAUAGCAGCUUUGUGGGAUAUGGCAUGCCUAAAUGGAGUGCAAGGAUCAAUCAGCAUGCAUAUGCUGAUGAUACCAUUAUAUUUGCAUCUGCUGAGAAAGAUUAUUUGGUAAAAAUCAUGAUCAUUUUGAAGAAAUAUGACGAGACAUCAGGUCAGCUUAUCAAUAGGGAUAAAAGUUCUCUCUAUUUGUAUGAUAAGGUGGCACAGCAUAUACAACAAGAAGUUUAG